AAAUUUUCUUUUACUUUCCUCAUCGCCUCAAUCUUUCUCUCUCUCACUUGUGUUAUCCAAAAAUGGAGACUACGGCUGCCUAUGCUGCUCCCACAGUUCAACGAGUGACCAAGAAAUCGUCAGAUGAGCUGCUGAGGAAAUUCGCAGAACUCGGGGAAGAUGAGCCAAAGAAAAGGCCAAAAAUAAGCAAGACAAGCAAGGAAGUUGUAGCUUAUUGUGAGAGCCCUAACAGUAUCACCUUAGUAGAGAGAAGGUCUCUUCUUCUUCCUCAGCUCUCUGAGAAGUCCAUUUUGCUCAGGCAACUUGGGUCUCGGCUUAGAGCUAGGGAUAUCAAGAACACGCCAAUAUUUGUUGCCAUUGAAAAGACAUGGCGUAAGACAUUAGAAGGAGCUUCCAAACUGCUUCUAGAGAAGCAUUGCAAUCGACAUAGGCGCUUGAUUAGUGAUGUCGUCUAGCUUCAAAUCUUUGUCUUCUGCUUUAGAAGUAAUUAAUAUAUUUAAAAAUAAAAAAAAGAAUAAUAUAAACUUAUGUAGAUUACAC